UGGUCCAAGUCCAAGAUGGCGGACUAAGCGACGUGGCUUUCCGGAUUUACGAUCUUAUAGAUUCAAAGAUAGCAUCAAAUACCUUAACUAUUCACAUUUUCUUAAGCCCACGAAACGGACUAAGAGUUAGGAGCGACGGCGUGUUAGCUGAAGUGAAGAUUGAAGACGUGCUAGAAGAUGGACGACUACUGCUAUGCUAAGAUGGCGACGUCAUGUCAAAGAGAAAGUGAAAGAGAAUCAGCGCCACCAACUUCCAGCAAAUCACCGACGGAGAUAAAGACGAAGACCGAAGAAAAAGCUGAGCGUCAUACAAAUCAAGACAGUAGAAAAUGUAUGCUGUGUUCAAACACUAAUGACGUCCAGCAGCUGAUGGGUAAUCCAGAAGAAGUUUCCCCUCAGUCAGGGGGGAGCUCCACUUUGAAGCAGGAGACUCCACAACCACCCUGCAUUAAAAAGGAAGAGGAGGAACUCUGCAUCACUCAGGAGGGAGAGUGUCUUCUAGGACCACAGGAAGUUGGUCUCACCCGGUUCCCACUGACUGUUGUCUCUGUGAAGACUGAAGAUGAUGAAGAGAAACCACAAGUAGACAACCUCUUAGCUCCACUAUCAGAUAGUGAGGCUGAAGACGAAGUUGAAGUAACUUUGAGCAGCGAUACAGACUGUGAAGGUGAUAUGAGGACUCACACUGACAACAAACACUCUGAAUGCUCUACAAAGACGAGAGGUCAAGCAUGUUUGAGCUGCUCAGUUUGUGGCAAAAUCCUUUCUCGAAAUAGCUAUUUGACUCGACACAUGAGAAUACACACAGGUGAAAAAACAUUUAAUUGUUCAGUUUGUGGCAAAAGCUUUUCUGUAAAGGGGUAUUUGACCCAACACAUGAUAACACACACGGAUGAAAAACCGUUUAAUUGUUCAAUUUGCGGCAAACAGUUUUCUGUUAAGAAGUAUUUGACUAAACACGUGAGAACACACACAGGUGAAAAGCCUUUUAACUGUUCAGUUUGUGGCAAAAGCUUUUCUGUUAAGAGCCAUUUGACUCGACACAUGAGAACACAUACAGGUGAAAAACCAUUUAGUUGUUCAGUUUGUGGCAAAAGCUUUUCUGAUAAAAGCACUUUGAUUGACCACAUGAGAACGCACACUGGUGAAAAACCAUAUAAGUGUUCAUUUUGUGACAAACGCUUUUCUGUUAAGAGCAAUUUGACUGGACACAUGAGAAUACACACAGGUGAAAAACCAUUUAGUUGUCCAGUUUGUGGCAAAAGCUGUUCUGUUAAGUACACUUUGACUCAACACAUGAGAACACACACAGGUGAAAAACCAUAUAAGUGUUCAGUUUGUGGCAAAAGCUUUUCUGUUAAGAGCCAUUUGACUGGACACAUGAGAACACACACUGGUGAAAAAGACAUUUAGUUGUUCAGUUUGUGGUACGAGCUUUUAUUUUAAUAGCUCUUUGUGUCGACACAUCCACCCUACCCAGGACCUCCUCACUGCUUCUUUCACAAAUAUCUGAGGUAUUCAUACAAACUUGGAUUGUUUGAAGCAUAAUCUUAUCCACUCAUGACCCCAUGUCUUCUCUGUAUGUGAAACCUUCCUGAACAGUAAGAUAGAUGAUGCUUCAAGUGCUUGGUUACUCCUUCUUCAGUCCAGGGACCUGGGGCCUCAUGUGUCAAGUUUGUGCACAAGGUCAAAAACCUGCACUACACCCUUUUUCACGGCAAAAUUGAACUGACAUUGACGCAUAAGUGAUGCUGGGUAACUGUUUGCGUAACAAACUGCCAACUUUUCCUCCUCAGACUGAUUAAUGUGCAAAUCAGAGACAUAUGAAAAAUUACACCCACAACCCAACCCCCACCUCCCUCGACAUUUGGGCAUGACAGCUUCAAUCAGGCCCGCAAGAUGAGUUUGCGAAGAGUAAAAUUCAGAUGCAUGUUUUUAAUGAAAGAAACUGCUGUUCUAAUUGUGUCCACUGGAUGUCGCAAAAGCAAUUCUGUUAGGCAAGCAACUAGUUUCCGGGGCGAGCAAGUAUACCAAGUAAGAGGUACACGGUAAAGCGGGGCUGUGACUCCUCCCCCUCCACCCAACGUAAAAGAGGAGUAAAAUAAUCAAUCAGUAACCCCACUUCAAAUGCAGCAUGAGACACUGCACACUGAUAUAGUUCUGUGAAAAUGAUUGUCUUCUGUGCAAAUGUAAAGAAAGUGAACAGUGUGUGAUUUACUGCAAUACUGUCAGUCUUUCAACUUUUUAUUUGUGCUUUGUUGGAAUUGUUCACACAUUGCAAUGCUUUUAUUUUUCUGUCAACACACAUUAUGUCUAGAAGACAGGAAGUAACUCAACACUCUUGAAUAGUUUCUACCUCAGUGUGUAUGGUUUGUUGAGUUAGCACAGGAUUAAUAUGUGGAAAUGACAAAUGGGGUAGUUGAUACAUAGAAUAGUUUUUAUUUAUGCUUUGUUUUGUUUUUUGUUUAAUCCUAGAUGGGUUGUGACUUAAAGUUUAAUAGAAACACUGAGAUAAAGUCUAAGUUCAUUGUGUUCUUCAAGGUGUUUUUAAAAAUGCACCAUUUUUUCCCUCUAAAUGUUUAACAAACUUGAAUUGUUUUGUGAAGAGGAUUAUUUGUGAUGUGUAGAUUUUCAGAAAGUGCUUAUUCUAUUUUGGGCCAAAGUAAAAUGAAGAAAACAAUCUGAA